AAUACCUGAGAUGGCGACGAAGGAGCCAGCUAGUUGGGAGUGAUAGAAACAUUGGGACUGUACAGUGUGCAGUGAAGAUGUGGGUGGAUUGGAGAAGGAGAAACUUUUUGAUUGUAUCUUUGCUUUUGGUUUCUCACCUUUGCUCUGCUCAUUCUACCUUACAAAGGAAUCGACGGCCUUUAUGGUUAUUGAAGGAACGACAACGAAGGAGAAACCAACAACUGGCUUUUCUGGGUAAAGCUAGAGGUGGUCGGCGACAUACGACCACAACUACUCAACAGAUCGCCAACAACAUUAAACACCUAGAACUUCAACUCAAGGAGAUCCAAGAGCAAGAAGAACAGGAAAUCGAUGGGAAGGAAACUGCAGACGAUGCAGAACAGAUAAAAAAGGGAGAAAAUGUGGAAGAAGACAAAAUACCCAAGUUAAAUGUCACUGACGAGGAUAGCCCCUAUGCUCUGAUUAGCGAUUUCUUUCCCAACCAAGAAAGGAACCACAACCGUCAAGAGAAGGAGUUUGUGAAGUCUUUUUUGAACGAGGAACUGAGUGAGGAGCAACUCGAGAGUAUUGGGACUCUGCCUGCUCAAGACGUUUGGCUUUCCGAAGGGAAUCUACUCGUUCUCAAGGGUGGGUUAACUCGAGACCGAAACGGCUACGAUGAUCCUUGGGAACCUUUAGAUGAUUAUCAGGCCCCGUAUAAGGAACCCAAGUUGCCCCCUCCAGAUUUUAUUCCGGUCGAAUACGGAGUCGGUGUUCCAUUACCUAAUGAAGACGAGUAUGGACCUGAUGUUCAAGGGCUGGACGAAAUCAACGAAGUGGUGGUGGACAAUGAUCAACUUUAUGUCACAGUUAAGUCGUUGAGUCGUAUGCGCAUACAUCCAGCUCAACCAUUUGAAGAAAACCUCGUCACAAAAGAACCAACAGUUCUAAAUGAGCAACAGCUCAUAAAUGCAAUGGAAAACUUCCAUUCUAUUCGAAAGGGACGAAUAAGAUUAGAUCAGGGCAUUGCACCAAUUUCCGAAAGUAGCACGACCAAGCCAUCCGUGGAUUACUUUAUUAACCAAACAACACCAAAUAGUUACUUGUAUUCGUACGUUGUAUCAACGACACAUGCCCCUAGAACCACCCCAAAUCCAAGGAAAUCUUUAAGGACAUCGGUUGGCCCACUUUCAAAUUUUACAGUUAGUGUAGGAUCUGAAGGGCCUAUGAAGGUAGAUCGAAUAACUACCCAUCUGCCUCCGUUAGAAGACAGUUAUUAUCAGCCGCACUUGCCCGAAAGUGUCAUUUCACGGGGUAAAUUUAGUAUUAGAAACCGGGAACAAUUAUCGCCUGGGUCUAGAGCCACUUCUCCAAAAAGGGUCAUCGAGCAGAACGAGAAUCCUGUGAGAGGCCGCAUAAGUAAAGAAAGGUUCCAUCAAGUUAAGUCAACUCCGCGCAAUCAACAACCCGUUGAAGAUUAUCGGUCGUCACGAAAUCGACUAUUCCCAACGCUAAAGCCUCAAAACGGCGAUAAAAAAGAAACAUGGACUUCAAAAAGCCUAGAUCCCCAAUCGGCAUUGAUAACUCCUCGGGAAUUUCUGUUUUCGAAAACAGAAAGUCCGUCACAAGAAGGCCCAAGGGGAGCAGUAUUCCAAACUGACGAAAUGGAGCACAAAUCUCGAGCUUCAGCUUCUCAAUUAAGAGCUCGCGCCAAUCUAGUAGAAAGACUGAAGUCAGAAUUUGUUGAAACCAUAACAAGAAACGAAUCACCCGAAAUUGUUACUAGCGGCCUUGACACGUAUUAUUCAGCUCCACUACAAAAUCGAUCAGGAGAGCCAAAGCCUUCGGAGAUUCGGUCCCUACCUCCUUACCAGCACCCUAUUAAGAGAAAUGUCCCCUACAGUCAGUCUAAUCCAAAUUAUUCCUAUCCCUCGGUGAGACGUAGCGAUGAGCGCUACGUCUCAUUUUACAGAGGAAAUGUGGAUGGGAGGUCAUGGGGAUACAGCUAUCGGCUCUAAUCAUUAUAAUCAUCCAUUUCCCGAAAUGGAAAAAUGACAUUGUCUAUCUUUAAAAAUAAAAACAUUCAAAUGUUUCUGCGCUUC